AUGAGAAAGAAGCCACAAGAAAAAUCCUUUCAAACUACCUAUGAAAAUGUUCAGGACUGGGAAAAGGCCCUCCUCCAUAAUCAAAAUACUCCAAAUCAUGUUCUUGUAGUGGAUGUUCAUGCUUCAUGGUGCGGAAAAUGUCUAUCCAUAUUACCGGUGUUUGAAAAGAUGCAUGUAGAAUAUAGUGAUGAACAUCCUCUCUCUUUUGGUGUUCUCGAUUCUGAAAAGAUUUUAGCUGAAUUACAUGAUUUGAUGAAACCAGUUCCUAGACAGCUUGGAGUUCCAUCCAUGCAAUUACGAGGGUCUUCAAAGAAUUUACUUGUACUAGGUGACCAUGAAGUGCUUUCCGAUGAUUUAAAAAAAAAGAAAUUAUACAAGGAAGAUGUAAAAAGGAAAAAUUAUAAGGCAACUUUAGAAUCAUGUUCAGGACUCUCUGAACCACAUUUCCUUAUUUUUAAAGAAGGAGAGUUGAUGAGAAAAGUGAGAGGUGUUAACACACCAUCACUGCAACGAUUUAUUGUUCAACUAAUAACGAAUGAGGUCCCAGAAAAAAAGGAGGAACCACUUGAACAAGGUGUUUCUGGAAUUAAAAUUGAAACAACAGAAGAGGAAAAACGAGAGGAAAUUAAACCAGAAGUUAAACAAGAAGUUGAACAAGAAGAAGUUAAACUAGAAGAAGUUAAACAAGAAGUUGAACCAGAAGUUAAACAAGAAGAAGUCAAAGAUGUUGUUACUCCUGAAAAGUCGAAUCCAGUCAUUGAGGAGAUUAAUCCUCCAUCAGAGAAUGUGACAGAGAGUGAAAAUGCUCAGAUAUCAAAAGAAUUGAACAAGUCUGAAUCAACGCAGGAUGAAGAGCAGAAGCAGGAUGAGUCUCGUGGAACUGAAUCUGGAGGUGAACAACUCCUGCAGGCAAAAGAAGAGCAGUCAGAGGUAAACGAAACAAUGAUCAACACCCAAGAAGACCAUCCACCACUGCAGGAAAAGCCAGCUUCAACAAAAGAAUCUCCUCAACAAGAAACUCAAAGUAGUGACUUUAAAUCAGAGAGUAGGCAUGAAGAAGCUGCCAAUGUGCAUUCUGAAACAAAUUCCGGAGCAGAGGUACAUCAUGAAAAAACAGAAGAGGUGAGAGUAGCAAAAGAGCAUGUGACUCCAAAAACAGUUGUUGUGGACGAGAAAAUGAUCCAUGACGAUCAGCAGCAUGAAUCUCAGGCUUCAGUUGCCAAAGACGCACCCCCUAGACCUUGCGAAAAUGUGGUCUUUGAGGAGAAGCAGGUCGAAAGCGUUGUGAGUGAAGAGGUGGUAGAAAAUCAUGGAGAUGUUCCACCCAGUACCGAAAGCCACAGUGUUGAUAUAAAUAAAGGUGAAAGCAAUAAAGAAUAA